CUGAAAAGAUUAGCUGAAGUUUGAUUUGCCCCCUCAUUUUACAGCCUCUCUUUGCCAUAUCACAUUCCAUUAUUCUUUUGUUACAGUGGAGAAAUAUAAUAGAGCCCAAAGAACCUUUACUCUAUUUUUCUUUUUACAUACUUCACUUCACUAGUCUUGAUAGUUGAAAAACCUUUUUAAGUCCUUUGCUUCUUGAAUUCCUUUGAUGUCAAUGCCCUUAGAAGAGCAUGAUUACAUAGGCUUAUCUGGUAAGAGUAGUUGUGUUUCCUCAAUGGAAAAUAAUGAGAGGAAAAGCAAAAAAGACUUGAACUUGAACUUGAACUUGAAGGCCACUGAGCUUAGACUAGGCUUGCCUGGUUCUGAGUCCCCUGAGAGGGGUUUAGUUUCUGGAGCCAAAAGGGGGUAUUCUGACACCAUGAAUGGUGCUUCUGAAAUGUUGGCUUUCUCUAGAUCUGAGGUUCAUUCUGCUAAAGGUCACAGUGGGUUGUUGUUCUCUCCUAAGGGUGGAAGCAAGAAUCUUGCUGCUGUUGUACCUGCAGAGAGUAGUCUUCAGCAGUCUUCUAUGGCUAAUGUUGUGAAAGAUCCAUCGCCAAGGCCAGCACAGGAGAAAAAGCCUCUGAUUCCAACUAGUAAUGGACAUGGGGUUGCUCCAGCCGCUAAGGCACAGGUAGUAGGAUGGCCACCAAUUCGGUCUUUUCGGAAGAAGUCAAUGGUCAGUAAUCCUCCCAAGAAUGAGGAGGAUGUGGAUGGUAAGUUAGGAUCUGCUUGUGUUUAUGUCAAAGUCAGCAUGGAUGGUGCCCCUUAUCUGCGGAAGGUUGACCUUAAGAUCUACAAAAGCUACAAUGAUCUGUCUUCAGCACUGGAAAAGAUGUUCAGCUGCUUUACCAUAGGUCAAUGUGGAACUGAAGGCAUUCCGAUUCGUGAUGGACUAACUGAAAGUAGAUUGAUGGAUCUUCUUCAUGGAUCUGAGUAUGUUCUUACCUAUGAGGACAAGGAUGGUGAUUGGAUGCUCGUUGGUGAUGUUCCAUGGGAGAUGUUCACAGAGUCUUGCAAGAGGCUGAGAAUCAUGAAGAGUGCAGAUGCAAUUGGUCUAGCCCCAAGAGCGAUGGAGAAAUACAAAAACCGUUAAACAAGUAGCACUCUCGCUACAAAUGUUGCAGGUAUCUGAUAUAUCAUAUAUGUGAAGUGUCUGCUGAUAUAUGUUAGUAGUAGAAGCCUUAAUUUGGAUUUGAAGUUGUGUACCACGCUUUUAAGUUUGUGUGUAUUAAGUAUCUAUUUGAUGUAAGGGAAAAUAAUCCUCAUAUUCAUAUCCACAAGUAUUCUUACUGGUUGCUUCAGCAAGGCUUCUGUGUCUCUAUUGUAAAUGGUCUCAUCCUUUAAUAAAUCUCUCUAUGUCAGUGUGGCUAAAGUUGUCCAUCAUUUGGCGUUUA